ACUCGGCGGGUGAAGAAGGCGGAGGUCGGAUGGAGUGAAUGGCUUCUAAAGGGAGGAGCUUCCCAAACUCAAGAGUCCUGUUACUGAACGCUGGAGAUUUUGGGAGUGAAGGAACAGCUCAAGUCAUUUUCUCUUUGUAGGGUUCUUCGCACAUCUAAAGGACGCACACUUCGUUCGCCUCACCGCGCAGGGUCACGAUCUCAGGAUUGAAGCAUGGAUGAUGAUUUCGAGCGGCGCAGGGAGCUCAGGAGACAGAAGCGGGAGGAGAUGCGUCUGGAAGCCGAGAGGUUGGCGUAUCGUCGGAAUGAGGAGGAUGAGGAGGAGGCUGCUCGUGAGCGCAGACGAAGAGCGCGACAGGAGAGAAUGCGCAGUAAGGACAGCGAGGAUGUGGCCUAUCAACCCGAGACCCCAGAGCUCAACAACAGCCACAGCGUGACGGUGACAGAGAGUGUAUCCACCUCAGUGGUGACCUCCAGCGGGAUGGGCGAGGGGGACGACGAGGAGCUAGCCCUGCUGGAGCGCCUGGCCAAGAGAGAGGAGCGCAGGCAGAGGAGGAUGAAGGAGGCACUGGAUAGACAGGAGGAGCUGGAGAGCAGCCAAACCUCCCACCACAGCCUGGAGGAGAGCAGCGGAGGCCUGCGCCGCGGCCGGAGCUACGAGCCAGAGGAGGAGCACAACAGCAAGGAGGAGGUGAAACAGGUGGAAGAGGAGGAGGAGGAGGAGGAGGAGGAGGUCAUCACUAGAGAGGAGGUGCUGGUGGAGGAAAAGCCUCGGAGGUCUUAUUUGAGAGAACAGGAAUCUGUUGAGGAAAUAUCUAAAAUACCCGAGGAGUUCCAUUCAUAGGACAAUAAUGAGCGA